GCUGUCGUUUGCAGUCCAAGCGGUACGCAAGGAUGCGCUGGGCCGUGGUGGUCCUGCAGCGGCACGUGCGCGGCUUUCUCACCCGGUUGGCUUGCGAGAGGUGGGAACACCUUGACUUCGUGACUCUUGAUCUUUCGGUGAGUUUUUUCAAGGCUGUCAAGCUGCAGUACUUUGAGGACAAUCGGAUCGGUAAGGAAGUGAGGAACUACGGAACGUUAAAGAGCCCGAAGGCCACAGCAAAAGAUCCUCGGAUAAACGUAUCUGAGAAUAGCAACGGCGUUUCGAUGGUCGGGAACAUUUAUUCCCAAAAGUGCAUCGGUAAAUGCGAAAACCUUUGGGCAGCCUUUCGAAAAUUCGACGACACCGCCAACAAAUUCAUAAAAGACUUUGGCGUCACGCACGUUGAGAUCGAGGACGUCAGAGCCCUGAGGGACCGCGAGAGAGUCCACCUCGACACCUCGUCGGAUUCCGAAAGCGACGCCGACACGAUAGUCACUACCAUCGCACCUAACCAGACGUGCGACGUGAACCAAUCGGCCAACCACCACCACGACCACAAGGGCAUGUUCGAAUUCAACGUGACGGAUGUCGACGACUUGGUACAACACCUGGUGGCCGAGGUCAACUACUCGGAACUGGAGGAAGAGGCGCGGGACCUACCGGCGCGAGCCGUUUUCAUGUGCAUCCGCUACCUGGACGCGAUGGACGACGACCGGGCGGCCAACUCGCUGGUGGAGGCCUACGCCAAGAGGGCGAAACUGGCAGUGAAGGCGCAGGGCUCCUUCGAGCCAGCGGUCCACUGGCUGGUUCAGAGCCACCGACUGCUCAACUUCACGAAACAAUACUCGAGGAUAAGCUACCUGGACUUGGACGAGUCACUGCUGUGCCACGUGGAGAGCCCACUCAGCGAGGAUCCAUUAGUGUACCACAUGGAAAAUACGAGCCGCCAAGAGGGCCACUCUCUGUGCAGCCUCGAGCUGACCGCCGAACGCGGGGCGAUCGAGGACGUCGGCCAGUGGAUGGCCGGUGUGGCCCUCGAGCACAUGAGGAAGAACACGCUCGAUCUGGUCGUGCCGGCCCUACUGGAUGUCCAAAGAUCGAAGGACGGCCUUUUGGGGCAGAACGAGCACCUGCGACUGCUGGUUGAAAAGCUCGACGGGUUUCACCGGACGUUCCAGAAGUACGGAGCCGAGCGCAGACUGGUCAUCCAGAUUUUCGAGCGGCUCUUUGCCUCGUUCAGCUACCAGGCUCUGAGCAGCUUCAUGAUGAGGACCGAGCUGUUUGACACUCUCCACGGCACCAUCAUUAGGUGUAACAUUCGGAGCCUCGAGGCGUGGGCCUGCGACUGCGACGUGUCGAUGGCGAUCGACGGUCUCUUACCGAUCGUUCGGACAGUCCGGCUGCUACAGCGAUUGCCCGUGGACACGUCCGAGGUGGAGGUCAUUUGCGCGGAUUACAGCGAGUUGAGCUGCGAUCAGAUCACGUACAUCAUGAUUCAUUACAAGCCGGCCCAGCACGAGGAGCCGGUGUCGGUAAGGACGAUCGAGGGGGUCAAGGCUUACUUUGCAUCCAAAUUGCGCGAAACGCCCGACAAUACGAUGCCCGCGAAUGAUGCGAACCGGCCGGUGAAAUUUAUGUUUCGACAUUCCGAAGUUCAUUUUGAUGAAGUUGAAAUGCCUGCAACAAUCAAUCUUCGGAUGCUCAAAAAAAUGUAAUUCAUUCAGACGAAAGUCUUUGGUAAACAGUUUUAUUGUUAUUAUAUUUGUUUCGAUAACCGAUUUCAUGAUUAG